AUGCUGAAAUUUCAAGAAACUGCUAAGCAUGUGGCUGCUGCCAGGUUUCGUUCUGCUUGCUCAGGUGCUGUGGUUGCAAGGAGAUACAGCUUUGAGAGGAAACUUGGCAGUGGAAGCUUUGGAAAUGUCUAUCUGGUUUUGGACAGAAGGGCAAAGCAAGGAGAACAAUUAAAGGUUCUAAAGGAAAUCUCUGUUGGAGGCCUCAAGCCCAAUGAUACAGUUGAAGCCAACCUGGAAGCAGAGCUGCUCUCCAGAUUAGACCAUCCUGCCAUCGUGAAGUUCUACACAAGCUUUGUGGAGCGAGACAGCUUCUGCAUCGUCACUGAAUACUGUGAGGGUGGAGAUCUAGACUCUAAAAUUCAAGAGUACAAAGAAUCUGGGAAGAUAUUCCCUCAGAGGCAGAUCCUGGACUGGUUUAUACAGCUGUUACAUGGAGUCAGCUACAUGCAUGAAAGGCGGAUUCUUCACAGGGAUCUGAAAGCCAAGAAUAUAUUCUUGAAAAAGAAUCUUCUGAAGAUUGGGGACUUCGGAGUUUCUUGUCUCCUGAUGGGUUCCUGUGACCUGGCAACCACGUUUACUGGGACACCAUACUACAUGAGUCCAGAGGCACUCAAGCAGCAGGGCUACAACACAAAAUCUGACAUCUGCAUGCUGAAUAAGAAUCCUGCACUCAGACCAGCAGCUGCAGACAUCCUAAAAAUGCCUUACAUUGAGGAACAGCUAAAGGUGUGUUUUAUUUCCUUGUGGACCAUACAGUGCAAGCUCACAGACAUGGCUGUGCAAGACAAGGCACUUCACUGGCAGAAAGGAGCUGCUCCUGUUUCUGCUGCUGUGCAGAGGAAGGUUCACCUGCAGACACUGCAGGAGCUCUCUGAAGUACAGCAGAUGACACCGCGGGAGAGAAUGAGGCUGCGGAAGGUCAGCGCUGCAGACGAGAAGGCAAAGAAGCUGAAACAGCUGACAGAAGAGAAAUACCAAAAGAAUAUCAAAAGAUUGCAGGAGCUGAGGUCCCAGAGCUGCCAGCAGCUGAGCACAGGACCCCUGCAGGGAUCUGAGGAGCAGACUUCAGAAGCCCUGCCUGAUUCUCAGCCAGCUCUUACGUGUGGCUCCAUGUCCACAGGAUGUGAUGUACCAGGUGGGGAUGAGACAAGCCAGCUCUGCAUGUCUGAACUCACAAACCAUGUUUAG